AUGGCAACUAUAGCUCCAGAUCUCAAUAUCCCUCCAUCCUCCAACAUCGUAAACGUGUCAAUCAUAGACACAACAAGUUCCAUCCUAGGAGUCGAAGCCUGGAAAUUUCUCGAGCCACCUAUCAAAGGCCACGACCAUCUCGCAACACCAGCAUUUUCCUUCCUAAUUCACCACCCAAUAUUAAACAGAUCCAUAAUCUUCGAUCUGGGAAUCCGACACGACUGGUGGAAUCACACCCCCUUCCUCCAAGAUCGAUUUAAAAAAGGAGGAUACAAAAUUUCCGUGGAGAAGAGCGUACGAAAGAUUCUCGAAGAGCACGGCGUGGAUGUAAGCGGGAUCGAGGCUGUAGUCUGGAGUCACCAUCAUUUCGAUCACACAGGCGCUCCCGAAGAAUUCAACAGCUCGACAGCUCUGAUUGUUGGACCGGGUUUCAAGAAUGCCAUGUUACCUGGCUAUCCCACGAACCCUCAGAGUACCAUUCUCGAAGCCAAUUAUGCGGGCCGGGAUCUUAUUGAACUGGAAUUUUCUCAGGGGCUCCAGAUUGGCAAGAUGAAUGCAAUCGAUUACUUCGGAGAUGGUUCUUUUUAUUUCCUGGAUAGUCCGGGACAUGCCAUUGGUCACAUUUGUGCUCUUGCGCGAGUCACCUCGCAUCCUCCUAGUUUCAUACUCAUGGGCGGCGAUGCCGUACAUCACGGAGGGGAAUUGCGACCCUCGAGGUACCUUCCAAUCCCAAAGGAGAUCUCGCCACAUCCUUUUACUUCUCUGGCACAAUCGGUCUGUCCGGGGCAUAUGUUCGAUUGCAUUCUUCGAGAURGGGAUCCUUCCAAGACGAUCUAUGAACCUGCUAGACAGACUCAAGUACAGAUGAAUUAUGACGUUGAUGAGGCUAUACGGACUAUUGAGAAACUGCAAGAAGCUGAUGUCAGGGAUGAUAUUUUCUUUGUCGCUGCUCAUGAUGCCUCUCUUCUCGAUGUCGUUGACUUCUUCCCGAAGAAAGCCAAUGAUUUCAUGAAGUAUGGUUGGGUUCAGGAGGCGCGCUGGCGAUUCCUGAUGGACUUUGCGGAGGCUGUGGGGUAUGAAGGGGUUGUAAAGGGGAAGCGAGAGUGGUCUGCAGCGACGAAGUAG